UCUGGGGCUGGAAGGAGGCGGAGGAGCUGCGGUCCAACUGCUGAAGUCUCCAUGUGACAGUGAGUGGGGUCUCCUUUCUAGGAGCUGCUCUACCCCUCAUCACAGUCAUAGGAACCGGCCACUAUUCCAGCGCCGACAGACCAGCAGGCCCGGGACUCUGGGCGUCUGACCGUGUCGCCGACAGACUUGGGGUGCGGAGUGAACGGCCGCCCCGGGGAAGGAGGCGGAGCGGCUCGGCGAGCGGGGCUCAGUAGCGGCGCCGGCGCCCCGGAGCUGGCAGACAUGAACGGCUUCACUCCGGAGGAGAUGAGCCGAGGCGGGGACGCGGCCGCCGCGGUCGCCGCGGUGGUCGCCGCUGCAGCUGCCGCUGCCUCGGCGGGGAACGGGAACGCGGCCGGCGGUGGGGCAGAGGUACCGAGUGGCGGGGCGGUGUCGGCUGCGGGGCAACCUGGAGCGGCCGGUCCGGGUCCCGGGCAACUCUGUUGUUUGAGGGAGGACGGUGAGCGGUGCGGGCGCGCGGCGGGCAACGCCAGCUUCAGCAAGAGGAUCCAGAAGAGCAUCUCUCAGAAGAAGGUGAAGAUCGAGCUGGAUAAGAGUGCAAGGCAUCUUUACAUUUGUGACUAUCAUAAAAACUUAAUACAGAGUGUUCGAAACAGAAGAAAGAGGAAAGGAAGUGAUGAUGACGGAGGAGAGUCACCUGCUCAGGACAUGGACACUCCGGAGGUUGAUUUGUACCAAUUACAAGUAAAUACACUUAGAAGAUACAAAAGACACUUCAAGCUUACCACCAGACCAGGUCUUAACAAAGCACAACUUGUUGAGAUAGUUGGUUGCCAUUUUAGGUCGAUUCCAGUGAAUGAAAAAGACACCUUAACCUAUUUCAUCUACUCAGUGAAGAAUGACAAGAACAAAUCAGAUCUCAAGGUCGACAGUGGUGUUCACUAGAAAAGCAGCAUUCACACUAGCACAUAGAUGUCUGACUGUAAAGAAUGUUUAUGUUUUUAUGUAGAAAUAUUCUUGUGUAUUUUUUCUACAGAAAGUUUUCUUUGGCUUUUUGUUGGUUUUUUUUUUUUUUGAUUCUCAUAAUUAGUUGGAAACUCAUAUAAACUGAGCUUCCUAGAUUAAAAAUAUUUUAAAUAAAGGUGAUUACUAUUA